GGUCAUGAAGCUUUAGCUCGCGAGCCAUUAGCAUUCAGCUAACACACCAUCGACUAUCUACAAUUCCGCGAGCAGGUUCAUUCAUCCGCCAAAAAUGGAGUGGGCAAGUCAGCUUUGUGAGAACCAAGGCUUGGGAUCCAAGAUGACAGACUCCAAGUAUUUCACCACUACCAAGAAAGGGGAGAUUUUUGAGCUGAAGGCAGAGCUCAACAGUGAUAAGAAAGAGAAGAAGAAGGAGGCAGUGAAGAAGGUCAUUGCGUCUAUGACAGUGGGAAAAGAUGUCAGUGCUCUGUUUCCUGAUGUUGUGAACUGCAUGCAGACGGAUAAUCUGGAGCUGAAGAAGCUGGUCUAUCUGUACUUGAUGAAUUAUGCCAAGAGCCAGCCAGACAUGGCCAUUAUGGCAGUCAACACCUUUGUGAAGGACUGUGAGGACCCAAACCCUCUGAUCCGUGCACUGGCUGUGCGCACCAUGGGCUGCAUCCGAGUGGACAAGAUCACUGAGUACCUGUGUGAACCUCUAAGGAAGUGUCUGAAAGACGAAGACCCUUACGUAAGGAAGACUGCUGCAGUUUGUGUCGCCAAGCUGCAUGACAUUAACGCCCAGCUGGUGGAAGACCAGGGCUUCCUGGACACCCUGAAAGACCUGAUCUCCGACUCCAACCCCAUGGUGGUAGCAAAUGCAGUAGCGGCUCUGUCCGAGAUAGCAGAAUCUCAUCCUAACAGCAACCUUCUGGACCUGAACCCUCAGACAAUUAAUAAGCUCCUGACAGCCCUUAAUGAAUGCACCGAGUGGGGCCAGAUCUUCAUCCUCGACUGCCUGGCCAACUACAUGCCCUGUGACGAUCGCGAGUCACAGAGUAUCUGUGAGCGUGUAACUCCACGGCUGUCCCACGCUAACUCUGCCGUGGUUCUGUCUGCCGUGAAGGUUCUGAUGAAGUUCAUGGAGAUGCUUCCUAAAGAUCUAGACUAUUACGGCACUCUUCUGAAGAAACUUGCUCCUCCGUUGGUCACGCUGCUCUCAGCUGAAGCUGAACUGCAGUAUGUUGCCCUGAGAAACAUUAACCUCAUCGUACAGAAACGCCCUGAAAUUCUGAAGCAUGAGAUGAAGGUUUUCUUUGUGAAAUAUAAUGACCCAAUCUAUGUCAAGCUGGAGAAGCUGGAUAUCAUGAUCCGCCUGGCGUCUCAGGCCAACAUUGCUCAGGUGCUGGCUGAGCUGAAGGAAUAUGCCACUGAAGUGGACGUGGACUUUGUGCGUAAAGCUGUACGAGCCAUUGGCCGCUGUGCAAUUAAAGUAGAGCAAUCAGCAGAGCGUUGUGUCAGCACACUGCUUGACCUCAUUCAGACCAAGGUCAAUUAUGUGGUGCAGGAAGCCAUUGUGGUCAUCAAGGACAUCUUCCGCAAGUACCCCAACAAGUAUGAGAGUGUGAUUGCCACUCUGUGUGAGAACCUGGACUCUCUUGAUGAGCCCGAGGCACGCGCAGCCAUGAUCUGGAUUGUGGGAGAGUACGCAGAGAGGAUCGACAAUGCAGAUGAGCUGCUGGAGAGCUUCCUGGAAGGCUUCCAUGAUGAGAGCGCACAGGUGCAACUGCAGUUGCUGACAGCUAUUGUGAAGUUGUUCCUGAAGAAACCCACUGAGACCCAGGAGCUGGUGCAACAAGUGCUCAGUCUCGCCACACAGGAUUCUGAUAAUCCUGACUUGCGUGACCGUGGCUACAUCUACUGGCGUCUGCUCUCCACAGACCCUGUGGCGGCAAAAGAGGUUGUGCUGGCCGAGAAGCCUCUGAUAUCAGAGGAGACGGACCUGAUUGAGCCCACCCUGCUGGAGGAGCUUAUCUGCCACAUUGGUACUCUGGCCUCAGUCUACCACAAACCUCCCAGUGCUUUUGUGGAGGGCAGCCGUGGCGUUCAGCACAAGAGACUUCCUGCUCGUGCUGGCUCGAAUCAGAAGUUCCGCGCUCCGAGCCAUGGCUGGCUAAACGAACCACGCCCGAGCGCAGCACGGAGUGAUCACACUAGUCAAACGAACCGGGCUUUCAGGAUGGGCGAUGAAUCAGAUACGCCGGGUGGCAGGACAGAGGUGCAGUCUCCCCAACCAUCUUCUGAUUAUAGUGAGAGAGAGCUGGGAGGAGACAUCGGCGGAAGCCCUUCGAUGGGUGCCGGUUUGGGGGUGGCCCCAGCAGCCAUGCCUGCCUCUCUCGGCGGUGCUCCUGCUGUUGGAGGUGGAUUGGGAGACCUUUUUGACCUUGGUGGAGGUGUUGGCAUGCCAACAGGAUCCUACGUUGCUCCUAAAACUGUGUGGUUACUGGCAAUAAAGGCUAAAGGGCUGGAGAUUUCUGGGACGUUUGCUAGACGUGGUGGGAUCAUUCAGAUGGAUCUGUCUCUUACCAACAAAGCCAUGAGUGUUAUGACUGACUUCGCCGUUCAGUUCAACAGGAACAGUUUUGGUCUCGCCCCUGCUGGCCCUAUGCAGGUUCUGACUCCUCUGAGCCCCAAUCAGACCAUUGACGUUAGUCUCCCUCUCAGCAUGAGCGGCCCUGUCAUGAAAAUGGAACCUCUCAACAAUCUGCAGGUAGCUGUGAAGAAUAACAUUGACGUGUUCUACUUCAGCUGCCAAUAUCCCCUCAGCCUGCUCUUUGUAGAGGACGGAAGAUUUUAUCGUCAGGUGUUCCUGGCCACCUGGAAAGACAUUCCAAAUGACAGCGAGGCACAGUUCCAAAUCAAAGAUAUCCACCUCAACUCAGACGUGGCCAGCAACAAGCUGCAAGGCAGUAAUAUCUUCACCAUAGCCAAGAGAACAGUGGAGGGGCAGGACAUGCUGUACCAGUCUAUCAAACUCACCAACGGCAUUUGGGUGCUGGCAGAAAUGCGCAUACAGACCGGCAACCCCAACUACACGGAAAUGGAGCUGUCAAUAAAAUGCAGAGCGCCAGAAGUGUGUCAGUUUGUGUACCAGUGCUAUGAGUUGGUGCUGAAGAACUGAAGUGGGGGAAACCAACAGGAAACUGCAGUUCCCAGGCGUCGUUUGGGGGGCUGAAACUUGAUUGGACCAGUCAGAGAAAGAACCCCCGCUGGCUUGCAUUUCCCUCAGACUGUGCUUUCAGCAUUGACGGAAUCCCAAGGAAUUUUUCUUCAUUAUUUUGUCCAUUCCCAACACCCUUCUUUAUCCCUCCUGCAAUCAUUAAAAUAUUACAGUUACAGUCUCUCUUCGAAAAUACAACACACAAAAUAUAAAGAUAUCAUCUUUAUUUCACAUAUGUGCAGGUGUUCUUCUCAGCAAAUUUCAUUGCCUUUACUACAUGAUUGCUACACUGUUUAUCCUGAGUGAUUUUUUUCCCGCCUCAUGGAGGUCAAGCAUCAUGCGCAGAAGAUCUCAAGAGUUUUAGACCAGCCUGUAUUCGUCAUCCAUCCAGUUGUAGGAAGGGUGGGUUUACUACAGUUGAGAGAAACCUUUCAACACUGCUGUUAAUUUAGUCUUAAUAAUCAGACAGUGGAUCGCUGGGUUUGUAUUCACACAAACAGUUGUGUGAAUGCUUGAGGUUCAAAUCUUUAUUUAUAAAUUUUUUUCUGUAUUAUAAAGCUCUCCCCGGUCUUUCCCCAGUAAUUUAGGUCUCCCACAAUUUCUUUUAAGGGAAUGCUUUGUGUUUAUCCAGAAGCACUACACAAUUGCCGAGUAAACUUUUUUUCUUUUUCUUCAAAAUAUCUCUGUAUUUGCUGAUGACUACGUUCGCAGUCAUGUUUUGCUAUUAAGCUGGGUUUAUUUUUAGUUACUACUGUCUUUUGUGUGCAGUGUAUCAGCUUUGUGUUUGUGUGUCUGAGUUGAAGAUGUAACCUGCUGCAUGUUCUCUUCCUCCUGGCAAUCUUCCCUGUCCUCACUUAUUUCCCCGUUUGUCGAUUUACAUGCCCACAUAUUCAGGGGGGUUGUCGAUUUAGUGUGUGUGUUUUGUUGCAAGCAAGAUAAACUGUUAAAUCUGUGAGGGAGACUCGACUCCUAAGAUCAUCCUGCAGAAAAGUAAUACUUUAUGGUAUGAAUAUCUUUAAAAUCACUCUGAACGCGAUGCAUCAGAUGUCUCCUGCUUUGCAAAACAACUUGUUCAUUGAACGUUUCUUCUCUCAUUCUUUAUGGGUCAGGGAGAUGUGGUUAAACUUCUGUGUCCAUGUGAUGUUUAAUUUUCUUUUUAAACCAUGUUGACAAGGUGGACAGACCUCUCUCAAGCUUAAUGUAAAAUACCACCAGACAAACACUGCUGACCUGAUACACUUAAUGCAGUGUGUGUACACUUAGAAGUUCCCAAAUAACAAUGAUUA